CUGGGUUAUGGCAGCGGCGGGCAGGCCCGGUCCGGGCGGUAUUCCCGCGGUGCGGGUCGCCAGCGGCCACAGCAUCCCGGUGCUGGGGCUCGGUACUUCCCACCAGGGUGGCUAUUCCCAUGCCGCAGUGGUCCAUGCCCUGCAGAAAUGUGGCAUUCGUCACAUUGACACAGCAAAGAGGUAUGGCUGUGAAUCCCUCCUCCAAAGGGCCAUCAGAGACAGUGGUGUGAAGCGAGAGGACCUCUGGAUAACCACCAAACUGUGGCACAGUGAUUAUGGCUAUGAAAACACAAAAAAGGCCUGCUUGGAGUCAUGUGAAAGACUUGGUGUUGAAUAUCUUGAUCUUUAUUUGAUUCACUGGCCUGAUGCACAAGUUCCAGGUAAAAGUAAUCAAGAGGUCCGAGCUGAAACCUGGAGAGCGAUGGAAGAGCUCUAUGAGAAAGGUUUGUGUAAAUCAAUUGGCGUAAGCAAUUUUCUUAUCAGCCAUCUUGAGCAACUAAAGGAGGACUGUGUGAUUACUCCGCAUGUUAAUCAGGUUGAAUACCACCCUUUCCAAAGACCUCAGGAGCUGGUUGAUUAUUGUAGGAGCAGAGAUAUUGUUUUUGAAGGCUACUGUCCUUUAGCCAAAGGUGAAGCACUCACCCAUCCCACUGUCAUUCAGCUGGCAAAGAAGUAUGGCAGAACUCCAGCACAGAUUUGCAUACGCUGGAGCAUACAGAAUGGGAUUGUCACUAUUCCAAAGUCAACAAAGGCAGAACGGAUAGAGGAAAACUGCAAGGUGUUUGAUUUUACAAUAGCAGAAGAUGAUGUUGAAAUUCUGAAUGGAAUGCAUGAUGGGAGACAUGUUUCCUGGGAUCCAAGUUUUAUUGUGUGAAUCAAGGUUUUUGAUUCUAAUCUGAGGAAAGAAGAUACGGAAUUUUGGAACACUGUGAAUAUCAACAGAAAAUUAAUUAAUCGAACCUAUUCCCUGUGGAAAGAAUAAUUUAAAACCAGAUUAUUCUAAACUGGAAAAGUGAUGUAACUGAAACAUUAAUUAAUUUUAAACUGAACAAUAAAUCUGAAUUGUUUUCUUAGGUACUCAGUAUACUCAAGAAUCAGUAUAAAUGGUUUGUAGUUACUCUUAUGUUAACAAAUUAAUAAAAUAAUUUAAUUUA